AUGGUACCUCUUUUCAACGUCUGCAUCCCGCCUCUGAGCGCAGCAGUGGCCCCUGAGGCUGAGCCUUCACUUUUCCAGACCACAGACUCAGUGACAGUAGAAAAGACCAGCAGAAAGUUUGCCCCUACCCCUGUGAAUGACUCUGCUCACCCGCCGCAUUUGUCAGCAGCUCCAGAGCAUUUCGGAGAGGCUGCCCUUCCAACUGAACACACCUCUUCCUCUUUGGUACCACUUCUGCCUUCUACCACCACAAGUCAUGGGAAAACCAUCCCUUCUGCUCCUGCAUCUCCAUCGAACAGCACAGCAGACCCUCCCUCCAUCUUCACUUUCCACCAGCCAGCACAAAAUCAUGCCUCUCCAUCCAGCGUGCCAAAAUCGCCAACUCAUCUAGAAGAGGGCAAUGGUGGGUCUCCGCCCACUGCAACUACAGACUUCCUCCUCUCCAGCAAUGCUCCCAAUCAUCUUUCCAGGACUUGGACAUUUCCCUUGCAGACAGAGGGUAGUGUGACAUCUGUUUUAAAGGAAAAUGAAAAGGCAAAUAUGACGGUUCCUGUCUGGGCCCUUCCAAGUAAAGAGAUUUCAAGUCUUCGCACUGUAAACAGAUUCACUUCUGAUUUUAGCACUGAUCCGAUUUCAUCUACUGUCAUUACAACACUGAGGACAAAUCUCACCCCUUUAGAAUUACCUCUACCAUCUAUCCCAUCCAUCCAAACCAGCCGGACUAGUUCCCCAUCUGCUAGUGUUUCCAGUACCAAGGCAGAGACUUACGCAGCUGCUGGAGACACUUCUGGGUUCCCAGCUUCAACUUCCAAGCAGGUGACAGCAUUUUCCUCUUCCACCGAUGUUUAUGAGUCUUCAACAACGGGACACAUGAAAAAGCCAGCAAUCGCAGAUGUUUUCUGGAGUUCUUUUUUGGCAGAAACAGAGCCACCAAUAUCUGACUUGCUGCAGCAAGCAAAUUAUGAUUUAAAUGGACACACAACUAAUUCCACAAGAUGGAAAACUCAUUCAUCUUCAGCCACUGCUACCAGAGGCUUAAUGUCAGCUGCCGGUGCAAUAAGCACUCAGGCUUUCAAGGCUACUGCUGGGUACUCAGAGACUACAAAAGGCUUCAGUGUCCAGGAGCCAUUCCUUGGCACAAGCAUAAACCAGCCCAUACAACAGCCAAAUGUUACCAGGAUUGGCAAUGAUAGAGAUUUGGGGCCCACAAGCAAUAGCAGCCAUACUAGAGACUUCCAAACAGCUGAGGUUGAAGAUUACCCAUCCAUGAGUCAACAUUCUGGGUCUCAUCCCCAUUUACAGCUGCCUGUUCAUCCAACACAUCCUCUUUUGCCAACUUUGCCAAGUCUAACUGCUCCAGCUGGUUUGCAGGAAAUGCUUUCAGACGGAAUAGCUACAAGAUCCCAAAUUUCCAGCGACCCUUAUCCAUCAUCUGGGAUAAAUGCUUCCACGCCACUCUGGAGUAUCCUGAGAUAUCACUCUACUGCUCAGUCUCCUCCUGUAUCAUCCAGUGCCUUAUUCAGGACACCCUCCAAAGUGCAGCUGGCUUCACAACACCCCAAGAAAUGGACAGUGGACUCCUCCGUAUUGUCCAACGCAGAACCAACAGCAGCGUCAGCAGCCACAGUGUUUCUGAGGAAAUCGAGUCCACCAGCUCUGUCUGCAGCCCUGGUCGCUAAGGGCACCGGAAGCAGCCCUUCAGCCGUGGCUGCGGGAUUAGCCAAGAGCAGUUUGACCACCACUCUAGCAAAAAAUGUCACAAGCAAGGCAGCACCUGGCCCAAAGGUGACACCGGGAGCUAUCCAUCCAGCUUUCCCGUUCACACCCACCUACAUGUUUGCAAGGACAGCACACACCAUGAGCACACAUACAGAUGCAAGGACACACGGUCACUGCUUUUGGCCUAUUGUCCACAACACACCUCCCCAGAAACCACAAGCCAUGCACACGGACCUUCCAAACCCCACCAACUCAGAGAUACCCAAAGCCUACACCCCACGCCCACUGACAAUCACUGCAGCGUUAACAUCCAUCACCGCUUCAGCGAAGGCCACCCGGUUUCCGCCUUUGCCAGCAGAGAACACAGAUGCUGCUCUUCCCGCUGUGUCCACUGAAGUGGUCACGACUGGCAAAAUGGUGUCCAACUUGGAGUGUCAGAUGUCCAGUAAGGUGCUGGUGAAGACAGUUCUCUUUCUGAGCCAAAGGAGAGUGCAAAGCAGUGAAUUUUUGAAGCUCAGUGUGGCCAAAGGGCUCACACAGGCAUUGCGGAAAGCCUUCCACCAGAGUGACGUCUCUGCUCACGUGGAAAUUCUGGAACAUUCGCACAACAUCACAGUUGGUUAUUAUGCUACCAAGGGGAGGCUGGUGUACCUGCCUGCAGUAGUUGUUGACAUGCUAAGUGUUUAUGGUGUCAGCAAUGUUACUGCGGAUCUGAAGCAACACACCCCAAACUUGCAGUCUGUGGCAGUACUUGCCUCCCUGUGGAAUCCUGAGCCUGCAGGCUACUUCCAGCUAAAAACAGUGCUGCAGUUUGUGAGUCAAUCUGACAACAUUCAGUCCUGCAAGUUUGCUCAGACAAUGGAGCAGAGGCUGCAGAAGGCAUUCCAGGAUGCUGAGAGGAAGGUCCUGAAUACCAAAAGCAACUUGGCAAUUCAGAUUGUGAGCACGUCCAACGCCUCCCAGACAGUCACCUUGGUGUACGUGGUGGGCAAUGAGAGCACAUUCCUCAACGGCACUGUGGCCAGCAGCCUCCUCAGCCAGCUGUCAGCUGAGCUGGUGGGAUUCUACCUCACCUACCCACCGCUCACCAUUGCUGAACCUCUGGAAUACCCUAAUCUUGAUAUAUCAGAAACAACUAGAGACUACUGGGUGAUAACAGUUCUGCAGGGUGUGGACAACUCGCUGGUGGGCCUGCACAACCUGAGCUUCGCCCGGGUCAUGGAGCAGCGCCUGGCUCAGCUCUUCAUGAUGUCCCAGCAACAAGGCCGGCGCUUUAAACGGGCCACCACGCUAGGAAGCUACACCGUGCAGAUGGUAAAGAUGCAGCGUGUGCCAGGGCCAAAGGACCCAGCGGAACUGACUUACUAUACACUGUACAAUGGGAAGCCUUUGCUGGGGACGGCAGCAGCCAAGAUCCUGAGCACCAUCGACUCCCAGAGGAUGGCCUUGACCCUGCAUCAUGUUGUUCUUCUACAAGCUGACCCUGUGGUGAAGAACCCACCCAACAACCUGUGGAUCAUCGCUGCUGUGCUGGCCCCCAUCGCUGUCGUCACGGUGAUCAUCAUCAUCAUCACUGCUGUGCUCUGCAGGAAGAACAAGAAUGACUUUAAGCCAGACACCAUGAUGAACCUGCCUCAGAGAGCAAAGCCAGUGCAAGGCUUUGAUUAUGCCAAGCAGCACCUCGGCCAGCAAGGGGCAGAUGAGGAGGUCAUCCCUGUGACUCAGGAAACAGUGGUCCUUCCACUCCCUAUUAGAGAUGCUCCUACCUCUCAGGAAAGAGACCUCGCUCAGGACGGAAGCACCAUCAAGACUGCCAAAUCCACAGAGACCAGAAAGAGCAGGUCUCCCAGUGAGAACGGCUCUGUCAUCAGCAACGAAUCAGGAAAGCCCAGCUCUGGGAGGCGCUCGCCCCAGAAUGUAAUGGUACAGCAGAAAGUGACAAAGGAGGAGGCAAGGAAGAGAAAUGUGCCAGCAAGUGAUGAAGAGGAGGGAGCAGUUCUUUUUGACAACUCUGGCAAGGUGGCCACUGAUCCCUUUGACUCGUCUUCCGGCUCCGUGCAGCUCAUUGCAAUAAAGCCCCCUGCGCUCCCUGUGGUCCACCCAGCCUCAGACAGGAGCCAGGAGCCAGCUGUCCUCAAUGGUGAGGUGAACAAAGCUCUGAAGCAGAAGUCAGACAUAGAGCACUAUCGGAACAAGCUGCGCCUCAAAGCCAAGAGGAAGGGCUAUUAUGAUUUCCCUCCGGUGGAGAUGAACAAGGGUCUGACUGAAAGAAAAAAGAUAUAUGAAAAAGCCCCAAAGGAAAUGGACCACAUUUUGGAUCCAGACCCAGAACUCUGUGGCCCCUUCACUGAAGCUAAAAACAGGCAACAGAUGAAGAACUCUGUCUACAGAAGCCGGCAAUCUCUGAACAGCCCAAGUCCAGGGGAAACUGAGAUGGACCUUCUGGUGACACGGGAGCGACCCCGGCGUGGAAUCCGCAACAGCGGCUAUGAUACGGAACCGGAAAUCAUAGAGGAAACUAACAUUGACAGAGUUAACGAACCCCGGGGCUAUAGCAGGUCACGGCAGGUGAAAGGCCACUCGGAGACCUCCACACUGAGCUCUCAGCCCUCCAUCGACGAGGUCCGACAACAGAUGCACAUGCUGCUAGAAGAGGCCUUCAGCUUGGCGUCCGCGGGCCACGGGGGUCAGAAUCGGCACCAGGAGACCUAUGGCUCGGCACAGCACCUGCCCUACUCGGAGGUGGUGACCAGUGCUCCUGGAACCAUGACUCGGCCCAGGGCAGGAGUGCAGUGGGUGCCCACCUACCGACCUGAAAUGUACCAGUACAGCCUGCCGCGACCCGCCUACAGGUUUUCCCAGCUUCCUGAAAUGGUCAUGGGCUCUCCCCCUCCACCUGUACCUCCCCGGACUGGUCCUGUGGCUGUAGCUUCUCUGAGGCGAUCCACCUCGGACAUAGGCAGCAAACCAAGAAUGGCUGAGUCCACAGGCCCGGAGCCGGCCCAGCUGCACGACAGCGCCUCCUUCGCUCAGGUGUCCAGAGGCCCCGUAUCUGUGGCGCAGUUGGAUCAGUCGGCGUUAAAUUACUCAGGUAAUACGGUGCCGGCAGUGUUUGCCAUCCCAGCUGCCAACAGACCUGGCUUCACUGGCUACUUCAUCCCAACACCUCCUUCAUCCUACAGAAACCAGGCCUGGAUGUCCUACGCAGGAGAGAACGAGCUCCCGGGCCAGUGGGCCGACUCGGUCCCCCUCCCAGGAUACAUUGAAGCUUACCCCCGGUCACGUUAUCAGCAGAAUUCACCAUCAAGGCUGCCUCGCCAGUACAGCCAGCCAUCGAACCUACACCCUAGCUUGGAGCAGGCCCCAGUGCCCUCCGCCGCAGCUUCGCAGCAGAGCCUUGCAGAGAACGACCCUUCCGACACACCUCUGACCAACAUCUCCACGGCAGCCCUCGUCAAGGCCAUUCGGGAAGAGGUGGCCAAACUGGCCAAGAAGCAGACAGACAUGUUUGAGUUCCAGGUCUAAUGCCUUGCUACUAGGGGUCUCUUGACUUCUAAACUCUGAGGAAACAGUCUUGAGAUUUCUCAAGCCUACCAUGUUGGGACUUGUGAGAAGGCAAAGACAUGUGCUGCUCACCCUCCAUUUCUGAUAAAGUGAACUGUGGUACUUCUGAGAAACAGAAAACUCUUAACUGACUGGCUUCUUGGCUCAUUCAACUAAUCAUGUGUCAAAAGUCCCUGCUUGGGUUCUUAUGUUUGACAUUGUGUUGUGUUAAAUGUAAGAAGCGUGGGUAUGUUUCCCUGUGGAGCGUUAGUCACAAAAGGUACUAGCUAAUCUACAGGUUCCUGUGCAAUGCCACAUUUUAAUGAAUCACCGGGGGGAGAAUCUAGCUCUAUCUUCAGUGACCUCUGCAUGUUAACUCUAUUUCUGUGUUCAACCCAAUGCAGAAGUGUGGAUUAAGCACCAGACUGUACUCUCUUUCAUUCAGCCCUGACUGUCUUCGUAAAAAUCAUCUCCAGCCUAUGAGGGAGGUGCUGACUCCAGCUAAGGAACUUGAGUCCUUUUCUUUCAGAAGUUCAGAUUCAAAGUCAAAUGAGUUGCAGGAAAAUCAGUACUAUCAGUGGCUGUGCCUAUAAAUAGCCCUGACUCUCCUCCCUCCCCCAUUGAUUAAACAAAAGCCAAGGAAGAAAGGAAAUGAGAAGGGAUGGUGGAUUUGUGUAGAUGGGGUUUUGAAAAGGUGUUGUCAUUUGGAAACAGAGUACCUUACAAGUUGGAAUUGAACUGAAAGAACAUAGGUGCUAAGAGCUUUUAGGAUCCUACAAAAGAAAAACAGUUAUGUGUGGAGGUGUUUCUAUGCCCUGCAUUGAAGAUGGCCUGAGAAUGGAGCAUCCCUCUUUUUUAGAAUAAUAGUUCACCGACUUUUAUAAGAAAACCUCUGUCUAUUCAACAAUCGUGUCCAGCAUGUGCUGCCAAGUGCUACAAAAGGAAACAGUAAUAGGUGCCUGUUAGAAACUGGAGUGGGGGACCCACACUCUCCCUAAGUUGCAGCAAGUGUGUAUAGAAUCUUACGAAUGUAGAAAAUCGGUUGCUUUGUGUUAAGUGUCAGUAACAUUUUUCAAAGUGUAUGGAGUUAGUCAGAUAUCUAUAGUUCAUGGACACAGAGGACAUUUGCUGAAAUAACAGGGUGACC